CCAUUUUCUCUCUCCUCUCUUCGCUCAUACUCUCUAGAAAGCUCCUUAAAGCUUAAACCCUCGGGGUCCAAAAGUCCUCGCAUCGUCGUCCCUGUAGCAGCCAUGGCUUCUUCCUCUCUCCACCUCCGGCGUGUACUUAGAACCCUCUCCGGUCUUCACCGGUCAUUCUCGGCGACCUCCUCUACUUCCUCUGCGCCGCUAUUCCUUCCUACCCGGCAUGCCAUUUCAUCAGCACCACAGUCGUCGCAAUCCCCGGCUCUUCUCUCUCAUUCCCGGGCAUUCAGAUCCUCUUCCAUAUCGCUUCUGUCUGCUCGAUCCCCAUCCGUCAAUAAUUCCGAUGAGAUCGGCCCCGAUACUAUUCUUUUCGAAGGUUGUGAUUAUAAUCACUGGCUUAUUGUCAUGGACUUCCCCAAGGACAACAAGCCCACCCCUCAACAGAUGGUUGAGACCUAUGAACAGACUUGUGCCAAGGGUUUGAAUAUCAGUGUGGAGGAGGCAAAGAAGAAGAUUUAUGCCUGUAGCACAACUACCUAUACAGGAUUUCAGGUUGUCAUGACUGAAGAAGAGUCAGAAAAGUUUAAUGGUCUUCCUGGAGUAAUCUUUGUGCUACCAGAUUCCUAUAUUGAUCCAGUGAACAAGGAGUAUGGAGGAGAUAAGUAUAUCAAUGGAACAAUUAUUCCUCGACCUCCACCAAUACAAUAUGCAAGGAAUCAAGGAAGACGUGACCGGAAUAGAAAUUCUGACCAACCUAGAUAUAACCAACCUAGAUAUAAUCAGCAAGGAGAUCAGAUGUCAAACCCACCAGGGAAUCGCCCUUACAAUUAUCAGGGGCCCAUGCAAGGUGAUGGAAGGAACUUUGGACCUCCACAAAAUCAUCCACCUCAACAGAAUUAUGGUCCUGCAUCACAGAGUUAUCCCCAAGGACAAAGCUAUGGUCCUCCUUCACAGCAAUACGCACCGCAGCAACAAUAUGGCCCUUCUUCACCACGAGCACCACAGCAACCAUACGGUCCUGCUUCAUCACAGCAUGCACCACAGCCUAACUUCGGACCAUCAGGACAAGGAGUACCUAGAGAUCCUGUGACUAGGCCCGGGGGAGCUGGUGCUUACCAGGGGCAAGGAGAAAAUUUCGUCCCAUCAAAUAGGGAGGGUUUUAAACCCUCUUAUGAUCAACAGGGUUCUCAACAAAGAUAUCCGCCUUCUGGCCAGGGUAAUUUGACUGGAUAUGGUAGGAACUAUGAUCCUUCUCAGGGUGGAAAUUAUGAGCGAAGACCUGGUUAUCAGGGUACUCCAAACACAUAUGAUCAAGGAAUAAACCAGGGAUAUGGACAAAAUUUCUCAGGGCAAGGGGAAGGUGAGAGAUUUGCUCCAGGAGAACAAAGGAAUGCGUACGGGGAGCAGAGGAGCUAUGCACCUUUUGGACAAACAGGCUCUGAACAGGGAAGAUAUUGAUUUGUAAUAGGUAGUCUGAGACGCAGGCGGCAUGAAUAGAAGUUUUGAAGUGCAUUCCUGAUUGCUUAUCCUGCUGUUCGUGAGAAAAUGAACCAAUUAAGCUAUGACUAUAUUGCUCAGUUACUCUUGGAUGUUUGUUGUUGGCUGUUGAAUUAAAAAGCUUAUGGUUGUGUCCUAUCUUUUUUCGAGACUGAUGUAAUCAGGUGUGUGUCAGCCAAAUGGUCGUGAGCUAGUGUAAUAGCCAUACCACUCUGUUUCGUUGUCUAUUUCCUAGUAAUAGGAUUAGGAGGAAGAAGGAGGACAGUGCUAGAGUCUACUUUUUCCGUAAGCCCAACAUUUCACAUAAAAUUUGAUUAUUAUUAUUAUUUUUUUGACAAGGUACA